CUCAUCUCAAACCCUCACUCGCUCACUCCCUUAUUUCUCAACUCCGAGGUCGAUCCGAGGAGUUUGGGAAAAAAAACCCUAAAUCACUACUUUUCGAUCUCUUCUCUCUGCCUCUUUCUCACUCAGCUUCUUCAAUUUUUACUACUUCAACUACUUCUUCAUUGUUAUCUUCAGGUACGUAGUGGCUUUCGUCUUUUAUUUUUCCUUUUCAAUCAAUCUGUAGUAGUUGGUAAUGAUUUCUCUUUCGUGAUUUGUUUUAAGUUGAUUCAAUAUGUUCAUAUCUAAUUGAUUUUGUACUUUAAAGUUUGUUUUUCGAGUUACUAUUGUGUUGAGGAAAAAGCUCAACACACCCAAAGUUCUCACUUUCUCGUUCUCUCUACCGUAAUUGUAAAUACUUUUUCUUUUUAAAAUAGUAUUUUUGAAAUUAAUAUGUAGUAUAAAUGUUUAUGUUUUUGUUAGCCCAAAAUAGAAAAAAAGCCCAUUUGUAUUGUUUGAGUUAGCCCAAUAAUGUUUUAGCAAGAAAAACCAAAGUCAUAUUUAUUAGGGUUUCGUCCAAAGUCAUAGCAUAACUUUUCGGCUCUCUCUCCGUACCGCGAUCUCUCUCUCUAUAUCGGCCUUUUUGGCUUUCUUAUCAACCUCCUUCACUAGCUGAUCCGAGAUCGGAGAGGAGGAAUUUGGCCGGUUAAACAAUUACUUCACUCAUAACAGUCAUGGCGGGAUUAGCACCAGAAGGAUCACAAUUUGACGCACGUCAGUAUGAUGCCAAGAUGACUGAGUUACUUGAUGGACAAGAUGAUUUCUUUAAAUCAUAUGAUGAAGUUUGCGAUAGCUUUGAUCUUAUGGGUUUGAAAGAGAACCUUCUUAGGGGCAUUUAUGCUUAUGGUUUUGAAAAACCCUCGGCCAUUCAACAGAGGGGAAUAGUUCCAUUCUGCAAGGGUCUUGAUGUCAUCCAACAAGCCCAGUCUGGUACUGGAAAGACAGCAACUUUCUGCUCUGGUGUUUUGCAACAGCUUGACUAUGAUGUGACCGAAUGCCAGGCUUUGGUGCUAGCACCAACUCGUGAGCUUGCUCAACAGAUUGAGAAGGUCAUGCGUGCUCUUGGAGACUAUCUUGGUGUUAAGGUGCAUGCCUGUGUUGGUGGCACAAGUGUUCGAGAGGACCAGCGCAUAUUAUCAAGUGGUGUUCAUGUUGUUGUUGGAACUCCAGGCCGUGUUUUUGACAUGCUGAGGAGACAGUCCCUUCGUCCUGAUUACAUAAAAAUGUUUGUUUUGGACGAGGCUGAUGAAAUGCUUUCAAGAGGGUUUAAGGAUCAGAUCUAUGAUAUUUUCCAGCUUCUGCCAAGCAAGAUCCAGGUUGGGGUAUUUUCUGCUACUAUGCCCCCUGAAGCUCUGGAGAUCACCAGAAAGUUCAUGAACAAUCCCGUGAGGAUUCUUGUUAAGCGUGAUGAGCUUACCCUCGAGGGUAUCAAGCAAUUUUAUGUCAAUGUUGACAAGGAGGAUUGGAAAUUUGAAACCUUAUGUGAUCUUUACGAGACUUUGGCCAUUACCCAGAGUGUCAUUUUUGUCAACACCCGUCGCAAGGUAGACUGGCUGACUGACAAGAUGAGGAGCCGAGACCACACAGUGUCUGCCACCCAUGGAGACAUGGACCAGAACACCAGAGACAUUAUCAUGCGGGAAUUCCGAUCUGGGUCUUCCCGUGUUUUGAUCACCACAGAUCUCUUGGCUCGUGGUAUUGAUGUGCAACAAGUCUCACUUGUUAUAAACUACGAUCUCCCAACUCAGCCUGAGAACUAUCUCCAUCGUAUUGGACGUAGUGGAAGGUUUGGAAGGAAAGGUGUGGCAAUCAACUUCAUAACUACCGACGAUGAUAGGAUGGUCUCUGACAUCCAGAAGUUCUAUAAUGUUUUGAUCGAGGAGCUGCCUUCAAAUGUUGCUGAUCUCCUGUGAUGAGUUAUUUUAUUUUAGUAGAGAAAUUUGGAAUUUGUUUAGGCAAGUCUUGAAACUUUAAUUUAACGUGUUUUUUUUUCCUUUCUUUUUUUCCUUUUUAAUUUCCCGUAGGAAUGACUUUUCAUCAAGUUCUAGCAAUGUUCUAUCAUUGCGAGAUUUUGUGCUAUGGCAGCCGUCACAAGUUUUCUGCCAAUUUUAUUUUGAAUGCAUAUUUUUCUUUUCUUGACAAA